GCUCGUGGGUCGUCCGGCUGCGCGCGCUGCCGGAGCCUCCAGGGCGCCCGGCCUGGCUCGGCGUCCGCCCCCAGCCCAACCCACACGUGGGCUCCCGCACGUCCGCCUGCCCCCCCCACUGACGUCAGCUUAGCUCUUCCACUUAAGGCCCCUCCCGCGCCCCGCCAAGAGUGCUGGAGUCGCUGCCGCCGAGUCCGGACGUCUUUGUCGCGCGCCUCCGACGCCCCCCGACUUGCAUUCCCGAUUCCUUUUGGUUCCAAAUCCGGUAUGGCGACUCUCAAGGAUCAGCUGAUUUUUAAUCUUCUAAAGGAAGAACAGACCCCCCAGAAUAAGAUCACAGUUGUUGGGGUUGGUGCUGUUGGCAUGGCAUGUGCCAUCAGUAUCUUAAUGAAGGACUUGGCAGAUGAGCUUGCUCUUGUUGAUGUCAUUGAAGACAAAUUGAAGGGCGAGAUGAUGGAUCUCCAACAUGGCAGCCUUUUCCUUAGAACACCAAAAAUUGUCUCCAGCAAAGACUAUAAUGUAACUGCAAACUCCAAGUUGGUUAUUGUCACAGCUGGGGCACGUCAGCAGAGGGAGAAAGCCGUCUUAAUUUGGUCCAGCGAAACGUGAACAUCUUUAAGUUCA